UUUGAUUUUCACGAAAAAGGCCAUCGUUUUCCAAGUUCCAUUAUAGAGAGGGAGUCAAUAGCUACGGGUAGGAAAGUUGUCUUCGACUGAUUGUAUUGAUAUGCAUUAACCCGAAGAAAGAAAAAUAACCUUUUAUAGAAUGAAGAAGAAACACUUUGACCCUAUCAAAAAAACUUUGGCAUUAAAGUUUCAUGGUUAAACAUUGACCAUCAAUUUGAUCAAUAAUAAUAUUAAGCACAUGUUAUGAAAAUUGUAUUAUUAUUGAAAACUACUCCCUCCGUCUCAAAAUAAGUGUCGGUGAUUAAGUAUAGUAUAUUUUAAUACAAAUUUAAUGAUGUAACUUUUGUGACACAUACCUCAAAAGUAUCAGUUUUGUUAAAGCACAUCUAGAUGUGCCGUAAGUAUUGCACAUCUAAGUCCCACGUCAUUGAUUUUACACGGAGAUUCGUGUGGGUAUUUUCCUUUUGUCUUUUGUUUUUCCUUCUUAUACUUGAUUGAGUCACUUAGAUGUGCCUUAGACGGACCCUUUUAUAAUAUAAUAUAUUAUUAUUAAUCACUUUCUUUGUUGAAAUUGUGUCAAUAAUGCUACUGAUCACCAUGGGAAGCCGUCUUUGACUGGUUUCAUGGAUAGGGACUGGACUGUAGAAAGAAUCCAUGGGAAGCCGUCUUUGACUGGUUCCAUGGAUAGGGACUGGACUGUAGAAAGAAGAAUACAUUCUUUUAGAUAAUAUAAAAAAAACACGUUGACAUUAUAGCUUGUCAGUGGUAGAUACUUGGUUCGCCUAUAAAUGAAGCGUGUAUCGCUCUAAGCAGCUAGUAAAGAACUUAUAUAGGCCUAUCGCCGCUAUCCAACAAAAGUACGCAUGCAGGCUCUCUCUGAAGGAGGUGGUGCAAAAGCAUGAGAGGAAGAGUUGGUUCCUGAUAGGGCAGGGUAGUCUUUCAGCUCUAAAUUGGACAAAGAAAGAAAUCCAGCCAUGAUGGUUAUUGCAGUUGGACAGUUUCUCUUGGCACUUGUGGCUUGCAGUACCCAUGUCGUCGUCUGCUCCUCACAUGGAAAUGCGACAGAUCGGUUAUCACUGCUUGAAUUCAAGGAGGCAAUCAGUCUUGAUCCCCAGCAAGCUCUCAUGUCCUGGAAUGACAGCUCGGAUUUCUGUAACUGGGAAGGUGUCUCGUGUAGGCCUAAGAAUCGACAUCGCGUCACUUCCCUCGACCUCAGCGGUCGAGGCUUACAAGGGCGCAUCUCUCUUUCACUCGGAAAUCUUACAUUUCUAAGAAAUCUAUCGCUACCACGCAAUCUGUUCAUUGGACAAAUCCCUGCGUCCCUUGGUCACCUGCAGCACCUCCAGAAUCUCUACUUGAGUAAUAACACACUCGAGGGUGAGAUACCAGACUUCGCAAAUUGUUCUAGUCUGCAGAUGCUAUGGCUGGAUCGCAAUCACCUAGUUGGAAAAAUCCCUACACAUGCCAAUUUUCCUCCUCACCUUCAAAGCCUGCUGAUUUCAUAUAACAAUCUUACCGGCAAAAUUCCCGUUUCACUUUUUAACGUCACAACACUAACUCGACUUGAUAUCUCGUCAAAUCGGAUCAGUGGCGAGAUCCCAAGUGAAAUCGGAAAUAUGCCCAUGCUGCAGUUCUUUUUCGCCUGGGGAAAUAAGCUAUCAGGAAGGUUCCAACCAGCCAUCCUCAAUGUGUCUUCUCUUGCUGUACUAAGCCUUGCCUCCAACUAUCUAAGUGGCCAACUGCCAUCCAACCUUGGUAGUUCAUCACCCAAUCUUCAAAAGUUUGGUUUAUUUAACAACUUGUUUGACGGGCCUAUCCCAAAUUCGCUGGUGAAUGCUUCUAAGCUGUCCUUGGUUGAUUUGUUGAGUAAUAAUUUCACUGGGGUGGUGCCUAGUUCUAUUGGCAAACUUAAAGAGCUCUCCUGGUUGAAUCUUGAAUACAAUCAGUUACAAGCACAUGACAAGCAAGACUGGGAGUUUAUGAAUAGUCUAAGCAAUUGCACUGAGCUACAGAAAUUGUCGCUGCGUGGGAAUCGUCUUGAAGGACGGUUAUCAGAUACAUUUGCCAACCUUUCUGCCAAACUUGAAAUGUUCUUCUUCGGAAGGAACAGACUAUCAGGGGGUUUCCCUGCCGGUAUAGCUAACCUUCACAGCCUGGAGUUUUUGGCAUUGGAUGAAAACCAGUUUACCGGUGUCAUUCCAGAAUGGCUAGGAACUCUAGAGAGCUUGCGGGUUAUCGUAUUAAGGAACAACGCUUUUACAGGAUAUACUCCAUCUUCCCUCUCUAAUUUAUCUCUAAUGGGGGAACUCUUUUUGGAUUCUAACCAGUUGUAUGGGCAUAUACCCCCGAGUUUGGGAAACCUCAAAACCCUUGAGUCAUUGGAACUUUCCAAUAACAUUCUUGAUGGUAGCAUUCCAAAGGAGAUAUUCAGCAUUCCUACAAUUAGAGAAAUUGCGCUAUCUUCAAAUAGCCUAGGUGGACCACUUCCUACUGAAGUAGGCCGUGCCAAGCAACUACAGUACUUGUAUCUUUCAUCUAAUAACCUGUCCAGUGGCAUCCCUGACACACUGGGCAACUGUGACAGUAUGGAAUACAUUGAGUUGGAUCAGAAUUUUCUUAGUGGAAGCAUUCCAGCGUCACUAGGCAGCAUCAGAAACUUGCAAGUACUCAAUGUGUCUCACAACCGCUUAUCAGGAUCCAUACCGAAAUCUAUUGGCAGCCUGAUGUAUCUUGAACAACUAGAUUUGUCAUUCAACCGUCUCGAAGGCGAAGUCCCAGAAAUAGGCAUAUUCAAGAAUGUGACUGCUUCAUGGGUAGAUGGGAACAAGGGGCUUUGCGGUGGUGCAGCGAAGUUACACCUACCGGCCUGCCCUGUCAUACCUUCGAAUUCAACUAAGCACGUGACAUCAACAGUGCUCAAAGUAGUGAUCCCAUUAGUCAGCAUGGUGUCACUUGCUGUGGUCAUAUCUGUCUUGCUAUUCUGGAGGAGAAAACGGAAGAAGAUUUACAUGUCUCUCCCUUCUUUUGGUCGAAAGUUUCCCAGAGUUUCUUGCCACGAUCUUGAUAGAGCAACUGAUGGCUUCUCCACAUCCAACUUGAUUGGCAGAGGAGGAUACAGUUCUGUGUACAAAGGUAGACUGUUGCAAGAUGGAACUAUUGUUGCUGUUAAAGUUUUCACCCUAGAGACAAGAGGAGCACAAAAGAGCUUCAUUGCGGAAUGCAAUGCUUUGAGAAAUGUGCGGCACCGGAAUCUGGAUCCUAUCCUAACUGCUUGCUCGAGUAUCGAUUCUAAAGGGAAUGAUUUCAAAGCCCUAGUAUAUGAAUUCAUGCCAAAGGGUGACUUGCACGCACUACUGUACUCAGCUUUGGGAGAUGAAAACACUUCAAAUUCAGAGCGCAUUACACUAGCUCAAAGGUUGAGCAUUGUGGUGGAUGUAGCAGAUGCACUGGAGUACCUCCACCAUGACAACCAAGGUGCUAUUGUUCAUUGUGAUUUGAAGCCUAGCAACAUUCUUUUGGAUGAUAAUAUGACAGCUCACGUUGGAGAUUUUGGCCUUGCGAGGUUCAAAGCUGGUCCGACACAGUCAUAUUUCGGUGACUCAAACUCUGCUUCUUCGACUGUAAUAAAAGGAACGAUCGGAUAUGUCGCUCCAGUUUCAGUUGCCGGGGACAUUUAUAGCUAUGGGAUUAUUCUGUUGGAAACAUUUUUGAGGAAGAGACCGACAGAAGAUAUGUUCAAGGAUGGACUGAGCAUCACAAACUUUGUGGAGAUGAAUUUUCCUGCUGGGAUAUCACAGAUUGUUGACUCUGACUUGCUACAAGAUCGUCCAGUAGCCACCAAGGAAAAAGAUUUGGACUGUUUAGUCUCGGUGCUAAACGUUGGAUUUUGCUGCACCAAGUUGUCCCCGAGUGAGCGCCCCAACAUGCAUGAAGUGGCUGCAAGCCUUCACGGAGUUUAGGAGGCAUAUCUUGGAGGGAGAUAAGUCCUGCAGAUUACCUCCAAAACCCGACCACAGGAGGUGCCUGCUGCGAACAACGAGUUGUGGCGUGGUCAGGGUGUUCUCCUCCUCCUACAAGUUGUUUUUGCUGGAGUACUGUUGUGCAAUGGCACUCUGUUUCUGAUGUUGCUCAAAGCAGAGCACCCCCACCCCUCCCACCCAUGGAUCGUCAUUCAUGUUGUUUGGGUUUGGGAUAAUUUCUUGUUGCAUGUAUUUUAAGGAAUUAAGUAGCUGCUUUUGUUGGCGUCAGUGCAAUAUGAUGUGGUGGUCUGGACUCUUUUGGUGUACAAGUGGCAACUAUUUCUUACAGCUAGAGCCUACAUCCUAUAUAUAUUUUCUGAAUCUAUGUAUAGAUUAAAUUGAUCGUGCGUCUGUACAUGUAAGUUGAAGUUUUUAGAAAGAUCUCCUCGCUAUAUACACGGAAUUUGGUUGGAAAACAGUGAA